AGCGGGGUCAAGACGCUUUCGUGUCGGGCGGUUCUUCAGUCAACGCUGGCAACUGAUCGCGCGAGCAAUGGAAAAUAUGCCUCUUGAGUUUCCACACGAAAUUCGCGAUGUGGAGGAGUCCACCAAUGCGGAGCUAUUGGAUCACUUCCAUGGUGAGCGAACUGGCUUCGUUCAGGUGGGAUCGGAGGGAUAUUUCUUUCCCCACAAGUUCAAGGACGAGGCCGAGAGGUACUACAACUUUGAGGCACGACCGGAUGACGUGUGGAUAGCCACGGUGCCCAGAUCGGGCACCACUUGGACGCAGGAGCUCAUUUGGCUGGUGGCCAAUGGGCUGGAUUUUGACCAGGCUCAGCAGCGACCACUUACCGAACGCUUUCCAUUCUUUGAAUUCCCACUCUUUGUGCAUCCCAAAAUUAAGGAAGAGCUGCAGGAGGAAAACCGAGACUCUGCCGAAGCUCUGGAGUUCAUUGAGAAGAUUUCUCGACCGGGUUACGAGGCUUUGAGUGAGAUGCCACGCUCGCAACGGCGGUUUAUCAAAACCCAUUUUCCCUUUUCUCUGAUGCCGCCCAGUGUCCUGGAAAAGAAGUGCAAGGUGAUCUACGUGGUCCGCGAUCCCAAGGAUGUGGCAGUUUCCUACUACCAUUUGAACAGGCUCUUCCGCACUCAAGGCUAUGUCGGAGAUUUUGAGCGUUAUUGGCGCUAUUUCCAGAACGGAUUAAAUCCCUGGCUGCCCUACUACAGCCACGUUAAGGAGGCGCGGCAGCAUGCCCAUUUGUCCAAUGUGCUCUUCCUGCGCUACGAAGACAUGUUGGCGGAUCUGCCAGGCGCUAUCCAUAGCAUAGCCAGUUUCUUAGAGUGUCCCCUGAAGGCGGAGGAUAUGGAUAGGCUACUCGAUCAUCUGAGCAUCAAGAGCUUUCGCGAGAACAAGUCCGUAAACAUGCACGAAAUGGCUUCCGUGGGUGUCCUAAAUAAAGGAGAGGCAGGAUUCGUGCGCAGCGGUGCCAAGACAGCGUGUCAGCCGCAGCAGGAGUUUGUCGAGAAUCCAAAGCUUUUGAAGAGCGCCAACGAGUGGGUGGAACAGAAUAUUAAAUCAUUCAAGACCAUAUAAAA